AUGAUGAUCCAGACGCUGAGAGACAGAUCUAGUUUCCACCACUGGUUGCACCAUUGUUACUCAACUCCAACAGAAUCACUCUCUCUCGUUGAACCACCACCGGAGGUGGAAAUCGGCUGCCGAAAAAGUGCAACAACCCUCCUCCACAUCUUUCUCUUGUCAAGUAAUAACCCCAACACCCUCUUCUACACAGAUACUAUCUCAUUCGCUCCGAAAGCUACCAAAGACGAAGAACAAACCAAGAAGGGCUCGUCGGAGACGCCUACUGCGACCUCUACCCCGUCUCUUCCUUUCGUCGAGCAAGCACCUCCGACGCCCCCUGGAACCGUCUGUCAUUACAGCCUUUCCUCCUCCCCCCUAUUUGUUUCCGAUAACGAGGACUCGACUCCUCCCCCUUCUUGUCAUUCGGAACAGCCCAAGCACCACCUGAGAAUCACCGCUCCUUCUGCCAUUUCCGUUCGUGAUUUUUGUCGGAUUCGAAAAACAGCCAAGGGACAGAGCAGCUUCCCUCACCACCACAGACAAUUGAUGUCUCCUCCGCCUCUUUUCCUUCGCGAAUCGUUGCCGGAGAUGGACGUUCACCCCUCACGAUUUCAUGAGCCACUUCGAUCCCAUCGUUGCUGCCGAUUCGUUUCCUCUUCACCUGAUCAGAUGAAGAUGCACCCCCUAUUGAUUGUUCGUGUGUGUAUUGUUAAUGUUCCUGAUAAUCGAGCUGGAAAGCAGCCUCAGGGUGAUGGCAUUCAGGUGGAUACUAAAGAUAUCCUUUUUAUAUGUGGUGGGGCCUUUGUUGAUCUCCAUUUCUGA